AUGAAUAUGAAACAAAUGAAGAAUGCGUCCAAUCUUCAUGCAGCUAACGCUACGAGUAUCGUAGGCAAUUCAAUGACAAUCCCAUCUCGAUCGAUUGCUACUCAUGGUACUGGAUCUGCUAUCGCACAGCCUCCUGCUAUGCCCAUGGCCGUCUCUGCGGCCCAGUUGGGUCAGAUGAACCUCAGUCAUGUACGCAGUGCUGCCUUCAAGCCCGCUGUUCCGAUGGCAGGAGCAAAUGUGGUACUGCCCAGUGCUGGUGCAUCUUCUGGUAUCCCCAAUACGGCGGGAGAUGGCGCACUACAGCUGUCGGGCCGCUGGUCGCUCGACCGUGAAGACUCGGAUUCGACCAAUGACUACCUGGAAGCCAUGGGGCUACCACUUAUUGCUCGUCAGGCUGCUGAUAAACUGGACCUUAUGGUGAUUAUUAAUCAGACAUCUGGAGAUUUUGUAAUUACGAGACGUACUCGUAUCUUUACAGAGACCAAGCAGCUCAAGUUUGGACAGGAAGUGAACGUAAAGAACAACCUCAUUAGUGUAACGGGUGAUGCCGCACAGAUCAAGACAGUCACGCAGCUCUCGGGUUUUCGUGGUGUACUCACAGAUAUUCGCACAUUGGACCCACGUGGUCGCAUGCAUGUGGAACUUAACCUGACAUUAGCUGAGAAACCGCCCGUGAUUAUCAACCGCUAUUUCAAGAAAACCAGUGAGUCAACAUCUCUGGAAAACCUUCCUGCAUUCGAUAUGAGCCUCGAGACUGCGGGUGAUGUUAAACGCAAACGUUAA